AUAUAUGUAUGUGUUAGGAAUAGGAAUAGUAAAGAUAUUUUCAAUAACUAGCCGCUGAAACCUGCGGAAAAAGCAAAAAACAAACCAUGGUAGAUUCUUCCACUUCCCAUGUUGAAGCCAACACACAUGUUUCUGACUUCUUGCUUGAGGAUGUUCCUCACUUGUCUGAUUACAUACCUGAUCUCCCUACAUAUCCUGAUCCUUUACAAGAUAAUCCUUCUUAUUCUGUUGUUAAACAGUAUUAUGUACAUCCAGAUGAUACAGUUGCACAACAGAUAGUUGUGCAUAAAAAUAGUCCAAGAGGGACUCUUUUUCGGCGUGCCGGGCCUGCUCAGAAGGUAUAUUUUGAUUCAGAGGAAGUGUAUGCUUGUGUUGUUACAUGUGGUGGUCUUUGUCCUGGUCUAAAUACAGUGAUAAGAGAAUUAGUUUGUGGCUUAUACCAUAUGUAUGGAGUGCAAAAAGUUUUGGGAAUAGGGGGAGGAUAUAGAGGUUUUUACUCUAGAAAUACAAUUCCAUUAACACCAAAGAUUGUCAAUGAUAUUCACAAACGUGGUGGAACCGUUUUGGGGACAUCAUAUGGAGGCCAUGAUACUUCAAAGAUUGUUGAUAGCAUUCAGGAUCGAGGCAUUAAUCAGGUUUAUAUACUUGGAGGAUUUGGAACUCAAAAUGAAGCAGCUAUGAUUUUUGAGGAAAUUAGAAGACGUGACUUGAAAGUUGCAGUGGUCGGAAUUCCGAAGACAAUCGAUAAUGAUAUUCCUGUUAUUGAUAAGUCAAUUGGUUUUGACACUGCUGUUGAAGAGGCACAAAGAGCCAUUAAUUCUGCCCAUGUGGAAGCAGAGAGUGCUGAGAAUGGUAUCGGUGUUGUGAAGCUAAUGGGACGUUGCAGUGGAUUUAUAGCCAUGUAUGCAACUCUUGCGAGCCGAGAUGUGGACUGUUGUUUGAUUCCUGAGUCACCCUUUUACCUCGAGGGACCUGGUGGACUUCUGGAGUUCAUUGAGAAAAGACUGAGAGAACAAGGACACAUGGUUAUAGUAAUAGCUGAAGGUGCAGGUCAGGAGCUAAUUCCUCGUAAUGACACAUCUAAUAAGAAUAAGCCCGAUGCUUCUCCUGAUGACUUGGUUCAGGAUGUCGGUCUGUGGUUAUCUCAGAAAAUUAAGGAUCACUUUGAAAGAAGUAAAAAAAUUAUAAAUCUGAAGUACAUCGAUCCUACUUACAUGAUCCGUGCAAUUCCAAGUAAUGCAUCUGAUAAUGUGUUCUGCACCCUACUUGCUCAAAGUGCCGUUCAUGGCGCAAUGGCUGGAUACACAGGCUUCACAGUCGGCCCAGUUAAUGGCAGAAAUUGUUAUAUUCCCUUUCAUCUUAUAAACGAGGGACAGAAGAGGGUUGUGAUAACAGACAGGAUGUGGGCAAGGUUACUAUCCUCCACCCAUCAGCCCAGCUUUGUGAACCCUCAACAUAUCACAGAAGAAGCAAAAGUAGAAUGAACAAAAACACGUUAUAUCAGAAGUAGAACAAAGUGUUUUGUGUUUUAGUUAUAAAUUAUAAUAAUGCCUUUAAAAUUGGCGAGUUGCUUCAGCAAAUUUAAUGCUUCCAAGUUCUAACAGCAAGUUACACAAUUGACACAAGACAUAAAAAAUGAGUACAUCUAUCUAUAUUUACAAAUUUCUGAAAGUGUCAAAUUGUACAUCUUACAAAUAAAUAGAGAGAGAUUUGCACAA